CAUUAAUUCCUCCUUACCAAAAUGCCUGCCUAAAUUCUCAACCUUAUGCUUGCAAGAAAAAUGCGCCAUUUCCAAUCUCUCUCUCUCUCUCUCUCGAUUACAUGGCGAACCUCCCAGAUCAUCUUGUCUGGACACUCCUCUUCCUUCUAAUCCUCUCACUCUCGCGCGCGUCUUCGUCUACCUUCACACUCUUUGACGUCCUAGACUUCGGCGCCGACCCGACUGGGGCGGCCGACUCGACCCAAGCCUUCUGCGAUGCGUGGACGUCGGCAUGCGGCCGCGGCGACAUCUUCGUGACCAUUCUAGUGAGGAACGGGAGCUACCUCCUUGGGCCGGUGCGAUUCGGAGGCCCUUGCAAGAGCAGGCACGUGAGCAUGAGGAUGAGAGGAGCGACGCUGGUGGCUCCUCUGGACUAUAGAGUCCUCGGCGGCGGCUCGAGCUGGUUGAGCUUCAAUGGGGUCUCGAACACGUCCAUCCACGGCGGGGUUCUCGAUGCCAAAGGACCGUCUCUGUGGGCCUGUAAGGAUUCCGGCCGCAACUGUCCCGACGGAGCCACGACACUGAGCUUCACCAACUCUAACAACAUCAGGAUAAAAGAUCUAAUGUCCAUGGACAGCCAAAUGUUCCACAUCUCCAUAAACAGGUGCCGGAACGUUCGCAUUCAAGGGUUGAGAGUGAAGGCUGACGGCAACAGCCCCAACACAGAUGGAAUCCAUGUCCAGCUCUCGACGAACGUCUCGAUUCUUCGCUCGGACAUUGCCACUGGGGAUGAUUGCAUCUCGAUUGGCCCGGGUACUCAGAACCUGAGGAUCCAAGGCGUUAGGUGUGGCCCUGGUCAUGGCAUCAGCAUAGGAAGCCUAGCAAGAAGUGAGAAUGAAACCGGAGUACAAAAUAUCAUAGUGAAAAACACCACUUUUCAAGGUACCCAAAAUGGAUUAAGGAUCAAAUCAUGGGCGAGGCCUAGUAAUGGAUUUGUGCAAGGAGUCCAUUUCAUCAAUGCUAGGAUGAUCAAUGCCCAUAACCCCAUCAUCAUUGACCAGAAUUACUGUCCAUAUGACAGCCAAACUUGCCCCAACCAGGAGUCGAGCGUGAAGAUAAGCGACGUUCUAUAUAGAGGCAUCCAAGGAACGUCCGCCACGCCCGUCGCCGUAAGGUUCAACUGCAGUGCCGAGAACCCGUGCACCAGGAUACAAAUGAGGAAUGUGCACUUGACGAGCCUCGAUGAUGAAGUGACUCGGUCAUCUUGCGCAAACGCGAACGGGGAGGCAUUAGGUACAGUUCAACCAAGAAGCUGCCUCUAUGAGAAUUCGUAGAUCUUUGCUCAGCCAGUAUGGGAAUUCAUAGCAUAGAACUUUGACUUUUACGACUAUGACAGGAAAACUGCAAACACAGUUUCGUUACUUUCUUAAGUUUACUUCAUAGUUUUGAAAUCAAAUAGAUCUAACUUAAACAGCAAUUGAGAAAAAGAAAAUAGCAUUGAUAAUCCCAUGUUGAAAGAUCUUCCUUUGAUAAAA